UCCAAACCGGUCGUCUUUCUUCAGCAUGGUAUUCUUUGCGCCUCGGACGAUUGGAUACUCAACGGUCCAGAUACAUCGCUGGCAUAUAUGUUCGCCGAUUCGGGUUAUGAUGUGUGGCUGGGCAAUGCCCGUGGCAAUACCUAUUCACGCCAACACAAACACAAGCAUCCAGAUUCAUCAGAUUUUUGGAAUUUCAGUUGGCAUGAAAUCGGCAUCUACGAUUUGGCUUCAAUGUUGGAUUAUGUGCUGGUUGAAACAAAUGAAACUGCAGUGCAUUUUGUUGCGCACUCACAAGGUACAACCACAUUCUUCGUGCUCAUGUCCACACUGCCUUGGUACAAUGAGAAGGUGAAGACAGUGCAUCUGCUGGCGCCUAUCGCCUUUAUGCGCUAUCAUUCGUUUAUGCUCUCCAAAUUGGGUGGACUCUUUUUGGGUUAUCCAACCUUCUUGAGUUGGGUGCUAGGCGGUAUGGAGCUACUGCCAAUUACCAGUGUACAGAAGCUUUUGUGUGAAUAUGUGUGCUCGGUGGGGUCUACGUUCCGAUUUUUGUGUUCGGGCAUUUUGGAUUUCAUCGGCGGCUGGGGGACACGGCAUUUGAAUCAUACACUGCUGCCACACGUCUGUGAGACCCAUCCCGCCGGUGCCUCGACCACGCAAAUCAUUCACUACCUCCAGCUAUACAAUUCGGGUGAUUUCCGCCAAUACGAUCAUGGCAUCGAAUUGAAUAAGAAGUAUUAUCAACAAGAAACACCACCAUCAUACAAUGUCCAUCAGAUCUCUAGUUGUGUACAUAUGUAUUAUAGCAACAACGAUUACAUGUCCGCCGUCGAAGAUGUAGAAUAUUUGGCGACACUAUUACCUUGCGCGGAGCUCUAUCGCAUACCCUAUGAAGACUGGAACCACUAUGACUUUUUGUGGUCGAUAAAUGUUAAAGAAGUGAUAAACGAUAGAAUUAUCGAUAAAAUUGCCAGGCAUGAAAUGGAAAAUUUAUGAGAUUUACAUAGUAUAUACAUAUGUAUUUGUUUCCUGGGUUUCAUGAAGCAAACACACGUAGUCAAAUUAUGUGGUAUAUUAAUUUUAAGUGACGAAUGUAAAUAUUUUUAAUUUGUUUUUAACUUUUCUUUUAUUUGCAUAUAAUUUUAGUGGU